AUGACCUAUCAUGCCGCAUCAGUAUUGCUUACAAUUUACCUCACCUGUAUGGCUUGUACGCUGCCGCGUGUCCUUGCCAUUCCUACCAACGCCGAGCCACCGAAGGAGAUAGUUUACCCCAAAUGUACCGGACCGGGUGAACCGGGCCAGUGCCAGACGUUCGACUAUCGGUACCGCUUCGAGCAGACGAUCAACAACUGCACGCAGUUCAUCUGGGGCGGUUGCGGUGGGAAUCUGCAGAACAACUUCGAAACGUACGAGCAGUGCAUGCAGCAGUGUGCUAAUGAAACACAAACACCCCAACCGCCGAUUCCGCUAACAACCACCGUUGACCCGUCGUCGUCUACCGUGCGCACCCAAACGCAGGAAGCCUGGUCGUUGCAUUCGUCCAGCAGCACGCUGGCUCCGGUGCCGGACGAGCUGCGUGGUUCCGAGCUGACGUUCAAGGAGACGGGAUAUGAGAAAACGUUCAUGUUUGCGAAAAACAACACCUUCAUCCAGAUGGACGGUGAAACCAUACAAACGUUCCAGCUUAGGCUCUGCCGCGAAAUAUCGUUCCAGUUCCGAACGCGGCUCCCGCACGGGCUGCUCGUGUAUCACAACGUCAAGACGCCCGCCGGCGUGAAGCUGGACCCGUACGCGUUGUACGUCAUCGUCGAGAAGGGCCAGCUGAAAGUGGUGCAUGUGUUUGGGAACCACUCGACCAGCGUCACCGUCGGCGAGGGCCUCAACCGGGACGAGUGGCACAGUGUCAUGGUACGCAUCGAUGUGCACGGCGCCCGACUGAUAGCCCGCGUCGAUAACAACAAGGAGGAGGUGUACCUGAAGGGAUUAAAUCACGAAACCAAUUACGGCGUAUCCAACAAUCUUAUGUCGGUCGUCCUCGUCGGUGGUCUCAGCUCGGAAGAAAAACUGCACGGUGUUAAAUACAUAAUUGAGUCAUUUGUCGGCUGCAUACGGAACGUGGUGUUGAGCUCGGGCAAGGCCGCCUCGGACCUGCUGCCGAUAACGCCACUCAUCGCGACGAAGCACGAAAACGUGAAGGAGGGCUGCCGCAACAAAUGCCACUCGCGCCAGAAUCUCUGCUUCACCGGGUCACGGUGCAUUAAUCAUUACUACGACAUUUCGUGCGAUUGCUUCGGUACGAAGUAUGAGGGCGAACAUUGUGACAUCUACACCGCGACGGUAUUGACCCUACGUGGCUCCAGUUUCGUGUCGUACCGCAUCUACGAUUGGAAGGACCGCGUCCAUUCGCCUCUAACCCGCAUCAGUAUGCUGUUCAAGACGAACUACGAUGAUUCGGCGCUGUUUUAUGCAAGCGGUGAAUCCCUCAAACCACAGUACAUUGCCGCCUCGAUCAAGAACCACUCGGCGUACAUUGAAAUGGACUUCGGAGAUGGUGUCAUGACGGCGACCCUGGGGCAGGACCUAACGCGCCACUACUGGCAUAACCUCACGAUCCUGCACGAGCAUAAUAAGGUGAUCGCGAUCCUUGAUGAUCACGUGCGUAUCCUGGACCUCCUCGGUCCAAUUCACAAUCUACUGUUCGACCCUGAGAUCUACUUCGGUGGUGGACCUAACCUAAGCAAGCGAAAAGGCCUUGCAUCGAGCAACAACUUCGUGGGUUCGCUCAAGUACGUCUUCUACAACGACGUUUCGGUGCUGUUCGAGCUGAAGAAAGGCAACCCAAAGGUGCAUUACAUCGGCGUGCUCGAGGAGGAAUUCUACGAAGCGAACGUGGAGGUCAUCCCGAUCACCUUCUCGUACGCCAAAUCACACAUCUGGUGGCCAAUGAACAACCCCGACACACUCUCGCUGAAGUUUGACUUCAAGAGCAGCAAGGCGACAGCCGUCCUGGCGUACAGUGACGUCAAAACAAGCGAAGGACAAGGAUUCUGGGAGCUUCGGUUAGCGACCGAUCGGUUGAGCUUCGAUCUCUGCCCGGACGUGAAAAGUAACGUCACGCACACGACGUACAUCCGCAUCGAGAACCCAACCUCCUGGCAUUCGAUCCAGCUGACGUACGAACGCAACGACAUCCGGUUUGUCGUCGACUAUCGCCACUCCGUGACGCAGAUGUACGGGCUAUCGUUCAACAUCGGCGAUAAGCUCAUCAUCGGUAGCAGCCUGAAAGCGGCCGCCUCUGGGUUGGUUGGAUGCUUGCGCGAUCUCAAGAUCAACGGCGUGGAAAUCGAACCACGGUACCUGGUGAAAAGUGAACGCGUUGUUGGUGACGUUUCGCUCGACAACUGCAAGUACGUAGAUCCGUGCAAGAAGCCAAACACUUGUGAACACGGAGGAAAAUGCGCUGUUAAAGAUGACGGCAUCAUCUGCGACUGCAAGGACACCGGGUACAUCGGGAAGAACUGUCACUUUACAAAGUUCCGAAAGACAUGCGAGGAGCUAGCACUGCUCGGGUACUCCAAAUCGGACGUCUACUCGAUCGACAUCGACGGAAAUGGGGUUUUCCCACCGGCACGUGUCAAGUGUGACUUUCAGAGUCUGGCCAACGCCACGAAGACGAUCGUCGAACACAACCUGCCAUCGCAGGUGGACGUGCGAUCGGCCACGGACGAAGACUUUAGCUUCCACAUUCAGUAUCGCGAGUUUAGCGCCGAGAUGCUGCAGGAAUUGAUUUCGCAUUCGCUCUACUGCACGCAGUACGUCAAGUACGACUGCAUCAAGGCGCCGCUUGAGCUGCACUCCUCGACGUGGUUCAAAUCGUCACGAAAUAAUAACACGGUCGACUCGCUGGGAGAGGUGAAAAGAGGAACGUGCUCCUGUGCGAUCGGGAAGAACUGUGAGGACGUUAAUCAGUCGUGCAACUGCGAUGCGAAUCUCAACCGGUGGCUGUCGGAUGAAGGAUACUACAAGGAACCGCCGAGUCUGGGCAUCACGCAGAUGUACUUCCUCCAGCAGAAGGGCCUAGAUGAGGAGUCUCAAGGGCGCAUCACGCUUGGCCCGUUGGAGUGCGUCGAGACCAACACGCAAAAGUACGUCGUCACUUUCACGACGUCCCAGUCAUACAUCGAGGUGCCGGGAUGGCGUAAAGGUGACAUUGCGUUCUCGUUCCGCACGACGGGUGAGAAGGCGAUCUUGCUGUUCCAACCGCCGAUCCGAUCGAAUUAUCCUUCCUUCAUGGUGGCACUAACUGGUGACUAUCAGCUGACGUUCAAUUUCACGCUCAACACCGGCACACCAAAGACGCUCGUCAUCGACACGAACCGGAAGCUGAACGGUGGCGAAUGGCACAAGAUUUGGAUCGAUUACAACGAGCAUCACGUGCGGUUCAUGAUCAACACGGACACGCGCAUGGUCGAUCUGCAACCGGAGGAGGAGUUUGGUCCGUUUGAGGGCAGCAUGUUCAUCGGUGGUGCUCCUACCGAAAUCUCGAAGAAGUACACGGUUAAGCAGGGACUGAUCGGAUGCUUCCGAGGGUUGGUCGUGAACGGUGAGAUCCUUGACAUCUACAGCUUCAUGUCGGUGCAUCUGUCGGAGAUUAUUAAGGACUGUAAGCCAUCCUGCGUGCCAAACCCGUGUAAAAAUGGCGCAUACUGUCGAGAGCUCUGGAGCACGUUCGAGUGCGUAUGCCAGAACCGGUGGGCGCAUCUUGGCCAGCACUGCGAGACCAACAUCAACGAGGACGCGUUGACGUUCAUCAGCCGUGAAUCGUAUCUGAAGCGAAACUACCUCUCCGAUCCGGAGGAUAUGAGAGACGAGCGUGAACGACUGCGGGCUAUAUUGAGCGCCUCGUUGUUGGUGAACCUGCGUACGUACGAUCGGCACGCAUUUGUGCUGUACGCCAACGAUCAUUACAACAACUUCAUCCAUCUGUACCUCACAAAUCGAAGUGAGAUCGUGUACCUGUACAACUACGGCAAUGAUAUCGUGAAUCUGACGAUCGAGCAUAGUGAGCUGCAUAAUGCACGCAGCAUCCAGGUGGCGGUUAUUCGCACCGACGCCAACACAACGCUGUACGUCAACGAGAAGAAUGUCACGAUCGAUCGCGGGUUUCUGCUGCUCGACGAGUAUUCGAACAAACCAUGGACAAAUCCAGAGCUUGAGGUCCUGUCACCCCAUCGACCACCGGCACCGCCCACGGAAUACUUUCAGUUUAAUAUCGGUGGGUACGAUCCGGCAAAUCUUCUUCGCCCGAAUCAGGACACGGCUGAGCUUGAGGGUUACAUCGGAUGCAUCCGCGGGUUGAAGAUUGGCGAGAAUCUGAUAUCGCUGCGAGAAAUGGCCACCCAAAACAACGCCCACGUCACCGAGGGCGUCCUGAACGGUUGCCAGAUGAAGUGUGACGCUGAACCGUGCAAAAACGGCGGCAUCUGCACGGAGAACUUCGUGCGGCAGGAAAGCACUUGCAACUGCGAGCACACCAGCUUCCUGGGAGAGUUCUGUUCGGAGGAAAAGGGUGCAAGUUUCAGCGGGGAAGCAACACUCCUGCGUCGCCUAGCCCUGGCCGAAACCGUCGGUUCCGUCCGUUUACAGUUGGCGUUUUCGAGUCACGAUAUGCGCCGAGCGAAUCGGGUCAUGUUGCUGCUGCAAUCACGGAAUGACCGCAGCUACUACCUGAUGGUGGCCAUCACGGCCGACAACCAUCUGUACAUUGAGGAGGACCGUGAAGGUGCUACCCAUGCGGCCCGUAUCGAGGGCAACUUCAUGGAUGACGCGCGCCAUUCGGUGUACUACACGAGGCACGGAGACACAGCGUCCUUGCUCGUUGACCGGGUUCAGAUCCCCAUCAAGACCGUCCCCAACAAGCCGCUCGUGUCGGUGUCCGACCCGGGGGCGAACCAUGUACAAAUUGGGGGUGUGAAUACGACGGAUCCGCGGUUCGCCGUGUACAAAAGCUACGACGGGUGUCUGUCGAACAUUUUCAUCCAGGUGAACAACGAAACGAUGAAACCGCUCGAGGAGUACAUGCUGUUCACGAAGAGCGAGGCGGAAACGAUUACCGUCAUCAACUCGCAGGGUGUUCGGUCCGCUCAGUGCAAGCAGUUCGAUGUCAUCCAGAAGCUGACGCCCUUUAACGAGCCGGCGCUCAACAUGACUUCGGUUAUCGAUAAGAACUGGGUGGUGGAUGCGCCAACUCGCGUCCCGUACAAAGCCGUCCACUUCGAUCCGUCGACGAAGGAGGAAAAAACGCAGGUCGUGUUCAUCACGCUAACGGCUAUUUUCGUUAUCAUCGUCGUGUGUUGUCUGAUCGAGGUGUACCGGUCCGAUCGAGAGUACCGGAAACGGAUCGAGCGCCAAACGGACGAGGACAUCAUCUGGUCGAAGGAGCAGGCGGCCAAAAUGCAGAACGAAUCCACGACGAGUGUGAAAGGAUUCGGCUACAAAUCGAUUCCCGGUGACGAUAAGAAGGAGAACGGAGCGAAACCACUCGUUGGGAUACUGAAGAAUGGCAAUGCCGCGACCCCGGUGGAAAAGCUGGAAACGGUUCCGUUUACGGUGGAAACUGGUGGCAUUCGUGACAGUCAAUUAAUUGACCACGAGCUACAGUGGGACUCGCUGGUAGCCGAAGAGAACGAAUCCCUUCUGAAGCAAGAUCCCUCCGCAGCAGCCGGUGAUGGAUCACGCCAUCGCAUCGCAAACGGUAACCAUCGCCGGGUGACCGAUCUCGACGACGAACCGGCACCGGACGACGACGAUCACGAGCUGACCGAUAACCCGGUGAAAGUUAGCUACGCUCAAAUCACAUCCAUCCCUCAUUUGGUUGGCUCGCGAAAGCUUCCACCGAAGCUGGUCCUGUCACAGCCACCCGAACCGGGCGAGGAUCCUGCGACACCGGGCAACAUGACUCCACUCCCGCCGGCCAGCCUGACGUCAUCGACCCCGCUCACCAACGGAUUGCGCUCCCGCAGUCCCCGGCAGGUUUCGUGGGGUCCACCACCGCCUUCAGCACUGAUUACCGCCAGCCCGUUGCCGUUCAAAAUCGACGAAACUCCCGAAUCCCCGGCGUAGGACCUCCUGUAAAGGAGUCCUCCCGGGAGCUGUCCAAGGACGCUAUCUGUUAUAUGUAUGCCUGCGUUGAGUGUAUGCUUGUGCGUGUGUGUAUGUUGUGUGUGAUUGUACGGUAAUUGUGAAUAUGGGGUGUCGCUCUCUAUUGUAUCUCAAAGCGCUGUGUGCACUCACUGUAUUGAAAAAGGGGUCAUGUACAUUGGUGCUAACUAAAGGCAGCCUGCUUAGUAAACCUUCACGCGAAUCAUACCGUUCCUCUACCCGGUCUGUGACUACUGGACCAGCAGUUUGUAGCCUACCCGUUUACACAACUGUAAAGAGAUCCUUUUUCUCACUUAGAAGACGAACCGUAAUAGCCUUAACCUGCUGCCCCUUUGGUACGGUGUUCAGCACGCAGCAGAAAACGUAUGAUUGUUUGAGCAGUGGUUUUCCCUAGCUGUAACGGUGCGCUUGAAAACGUGGGCGAAUAAAUGAAAUUUUUGCUACGCCAGCUCGCUGUUGUCACGUAUUUCAGUAACAACCGACCAUGUUCGUGUCCGUGUGCCAUGCUGUCUUCCUGUUUUCCUGAAUGUCUAUAUGCGCUUUCUCCCAGUGGCCUCGGUGAGGACUGUAUUUGUUACUAAAACGAAAAAUAAAUCACCAUCGCACCGGUCCUAUCAACCAUUUCACACACAUCCGGAUUAUCAGUAGGGAACCGACCGAUCAUCAGGCCCAAUCAUCGAAUCGGGGUCCAUAACUCAUGCAGCCCCGAACCUGAAAUUCUCGCUCCAUUUUCUCAUCCGCUCAUGUGCUCACACCUCGUCUAGGAUGGAAUAGUGGACCCGCAAGCUCAGGGGGUUCGAUCGGACCACGACAUGUCCUUCGCUUCCGCCAUACCACC